AUGUUUCGCGCGACGCAGUCCGUCGCGUCCAAGGCGAGCCGCCUUCCGCUGAACUCGAAGAAGGCUAACAAGGACUUUUAUAAGGGCACAAGGACCGGCAACAUUAUGCAGCGCAAGCGUGUUGCGCUGGCUGAUCGCAGCGGUAACCAGCUCUAUGACGAGCAGGGCCGUGAGCGGACAUGGAAUCUGCGUACGCACCGCAUUGACGAGGGUCGUACCAUCUCUUUUGUGGUGCCCCCCGGUCUCAACGAUACCAAGCUCAAGCCUUACGUCUACAUCGGCAAGGAGUCGGACGGUGGCUCGGAGCGUCCGGAGCCUGGACAGCCGGGUGCCCCCAAAAUGCCAUCGUCGGGUAUGAAUGGCACGUUCUAUUCGCGUCUGGUGGAUCGUAUGCUGCUCUCUAAGCCGCAGCGCUCGUAA